AUUCAUGGCACCAAGUCCGUCAGAAAGAUUUUCGGUGCGAGUUGUCCGUGCGACUAGUCACUACGGGCACAGGAAGGACAACUGAGGAGCAGAGCUGGUCAAACUUAAAGGUCUGCCAAAGCGCUUUGUACUAAAUUGUAGUUGUCAUUGAGCUUCGUGAAUCCUGCUUUUUCUGGACGCCAUAUCCGCAGCCGAUUUGCAGAGUGUGCAGAGAAGGAGCUAAACGCAAUGAUAAACAGCAAAUCAGCCCUAGAUGUGCUUCAACGCGCGCAUACGGUAUCACUAUAUCAGGCUGGGCCCUUGAGUCAGCUCUUUCCUCUAUAAAUAUUAAAGACACACGUUUUCAGUUUUCAUGGUCAGGGGAGACAGGGGAAGCUGCAGCAUGAUGAGGACAAGCUUUUUUCCUGGAGGGAUGGUGGCUUUGGUUGUUCUGCUCUUAGGACUGAGCCACGUCGUCCAGCCCGUAUUGGCUGGAAGCUUGGACAUCUUAGACGUUACAUCACAUGGCGUCCGAAAGCUGCUGCAAAGCUCGGUCGACGUACCUGCUUCUGCUACACCCAUACGGUCUAAUUCAGCUAACAUCAGACGUGGCUUCCCGGUUAUUCAGCACCUCAUCAGCCUGGCCAUCGGCGUGGUCGUAAUUGCGGUGGCCACCACCGUCAUGUUUAUCUGCUGCAGACGCCCCCGCCGGCGCCCUGCUCCCGGCGCUGCUUCCCAAUCCCCCCAAGUCGUCUUGCUGAGGUUUGGUCCUCAGAGCGGCAACACCUGGCGGCAGGAAAGCGGGCUCCCACCGGGCCUAGUUACCUCGUUCCCGACUAAGGAGUUCCGCAAAGCCUCUAGUUCUUCUGCUGACAGAGAGUGCGCCGUCUGUCUGUGUGAGUACGAGGAGGGCGAUCUCUUACGGGAGCUACCCGGCUGCAGCCACUCCUUCCACUCAACAUGCAUUGACACGUGGCUCCACAAGCACGGCACGUGCCCCAUCUGCCGCAUGCACCAGACUGCGCCCAACCCCAGCGUUCUAGAAACGGCUCAAGAGCACCCGGGGGAGGCAACCGGGGAUGGGACGGAACCCCUAGACGGCGUGGACGCUUCCCGGCGCGUGUUGCUUGAGGCGCUGGACAACUAUCGUGCUGAGCUGGCGAGGGUUGAGGCCGAGGCUGUGGGACACCUGGCAACCGCUCGUCCGGCCGAGGGCGUUAGAAUUUCGAGCGAUUUGGAAAGGAACGUGGGUGACAGCGAGGGGUUGUCUAGAGGCAGAAACGAAGAGGCUACGGUGGUGACGAUUAGUGAGGGUGUCCGGGCUGAAUCGGUGUCAAUGGAUGGGUCGUCAACAAGACAGGAGUCGGAGGCAUUGGAGGUGCCAAGGGUUGAGCAAUCAAGGCGGUAGUCGAUUAUGUUGGCAACCCGACAGUGUUGCUUGAAAGGCGUUCCCAUGAUCGGGUCGGUUUGGGGCAUUGGGUGCGGCAACAACCCAUCAUUAGUCCGCCAUUUCUUGUCAACGCAAGUUGUGUAACUUUCACCUAAAGGUAGGUGGUGGUGUGUGGUUCGAGGUUGCUGUGCGGAGGCCACAGAUCUGAAAGUCAUAAACAGAUUGGUCCGUACGGACCUUUGUAGGUCGGCGGUCGAAAACGUUGAUCAACGUUUGUACUGAGCAUCCUGUUUGUUUGAGUAAGGCCAUAUUGACGCACACACUUGUUCUGCUUUACUAUUUGUAUGCUAGGGCAGAUGUAUCUUGGUAGUAAAAGUGCUUGAAAGCGCUGCAACAUUCUACGUCCUCGAGUAGAAGCCCCUCAAAAGGAAGUCUCCGUCGUCAAACAUUAUUUAUUCAACACUAGUCAAUAUAAGUCCAGAAUUUGACCAUGUGACGUUAGGGAUUGAGUUGGUUGACGCGUGUCUUACGUCUUUAUGUCAUCACCAACGUGUAAUCAAGCCUUCCCUCUGCAAUAGCCGAUUACAAUAGUUUCGGCAGAGGUAUGGAGGAUGUUGAACAGAUCUCGUGACUCGUUCUUUGGCAACUUAUUUGCGGACCUUUCGUCUUUAUUCGUUUGUUGGGCCCUUAAAGCCGGCUUGACUGGAG